ACCUUAAAAGUAUUUUUUUCAAAUUUAAGUUGUCUACCAACUCAUUCAUCUUUUUCACCACUUCAUACAAUACAAACAUCCUCUUCUAAAACUUCCCCCUUAUUUUUAUUUAAAAUGCCAGCUUAUAACGACGAAAUUUUCAAUACAAACAUCGAACAAAAUGUUUUGCCUAAAUUGGCCGUUUUUGAGGCAGACACCCCUCCUGUCGUCCCUCAAAUCAAAAAAUCUCGAAAAAUGGAUUCUCAAAAAUUUCGUUCUGAACUUAUCAAAAAUAUUGAUACUUUUAUUUUUGACGCUGAUGGAGUUUUGUGGUUGGGAGAAAAUGCAAUUCCUGGGUCUUCGUCUUUCAUUGAACAUGUUGCAGAAUUGGGGAAGAGAAUUAUUGUGUUGACUAAUAAUGCAACUAAGUCUCGGGCCGUUUAUGCAAAGAAGCUUGCUGGUUUGGGUUAUGGACGUUAUAUUAAUGAGCACAACAUUGUAAACCCCGCUGCUGUUGUUGCCGAUCUCAUCCAUCGUUCUGAUCUUGCACGUCACGACAAGAAGGUUUACUUGAUUGGAAGUCAGGGAGUAAAGGACGAAUUAAAACUUCUAAAUAUUGAAUAUUUUGGGGAUGGAAUUGACCCAGUAGAUGCGCAACCAGCAUCAAAGGGCCAGGCUUUUCUUUAUGAAUUGGAACUUGAAGAACACCCGGAAAAUGUUGGAGCUGUUGUUGUUGGCUAUGAGAAAUAUUUUAAUUAUCUCAAAUUAAUGAAGGCUGCAAAUUAUUUGCAAAAUGAAGACUGUCUCUUUUUGGCAACCAAUGAAGACGAAACUUGUCCAGGUCCAAAUCCCGAAACCAUCAUUCCAGACGCCGGGCCAUUAGUUGCUGCUGUCAAAACUGCUUGUGGACGUGAACCUUUAACCGUUGGGAAGCCGAAUACUCCAGCUUUUGACUAUAUUUGUCGACGUUGGGGAGUUGAUUCAAUCGACCCGCAACGUACUUUAAUGGUUGGAGACCGUGUAAAUACUGACGUUAAAUUUGGACGUGAUCAUGGAUUGCGAACUCUUUUGGUUUUGAGUGGAUGUCAUGGGUUGGACGAUAUUGAGGACGGCAUUCUUCAGAGCCGUGAAGAUUUGGUACCUGAGUUUUAUGCGGAUAGUCUUGGAGCACUCAUUCCAACAAAAGAGAAGGUCAAUAAGAAGAAGACUAAAGCUGAAGAAGGCGAACAAAGGCGAAAGGCCGUCUGUGUUUAA